AUGACCAGCUCCUCCAGUCAAAUCUGGGGUCUGGAUGUCAGCAGCGGGGAGCCUUUCGAAAUGCGUAGUCCCCACCGCAGUGCUCCGCGUUGCUUGGCAAUGGGCCCGGCAUCGACAAACGAGAAGUCUUCACAAAUGUAUGGGUUCCUCGGUGACGCUGGAGCCAUAAGCCUUUGUGACAUCAAGACAAAGCACACAAUCAGGACCUUCCGGAUGAGCUCCUCUGGGAUCGCACUCGUGUUCGCACCCCAUCAGGCCUGCCUAUAUUCGGCAGACGAAGAGUGCAACAUUUACGAAUGGGACCUUACUUCAGGACGCUGCCGGCAGAAGGUCAAGGAACAGUGGACCGUUCGCAUUCAGCAGUUGGCUGUGAGUGCUGCUGACAAGCCGAAGCUUGCGGUCGGCAGCGCGACUGGCAACAUUGAUUUCUUUGAGCUCGGCGCGAGCUUAUCAAGAGUGCCCGACCACAGCAUCGGAAAUCUGACAACCAGAAUCGAUGCGCUCAGGUUCAACACCGAUGGCCAAAUCCUCGCCGCAGCUUCGCGUCUCAAACCCGGAGCGCUGAAGCUGGUGCACACUGGCACCAUGACUGUGUUUCAGAACUGGCCGACGCAAAGAACGCCGCUGCACCGGGUGUCUGCAUUGGAUUUUUCGUCCAAUGGGGGCAUGCUGGCCAUUGGCAAUGAAGCUGGCCGGGUGCUGCUCUUCAGGCUACGGAGCUACAUGCAAACGAAAUAG